AACGAGUCUUUUCCUGCGACUCGCCGCCCUGCGCCGCGCCGCCGCCGAGGGGACGCCAAGCCUCCGGCUGAAGGAACUCUGAGCUCGCAGGACGCGAUUCGACCCCGCCUUCCCAUCGACCUCGAUUUUUUUUCUAGGGUAUCUCAGACCUCGAUUGGGCGCUGAAGAUGCGUAGAAGCAGGGAGGAGGAUAUCAUGCCGAGGGAGGCCAGUGAGAGGAGGAGGAGGAGGAGGAGGGCACACAUGGCCACCGCAAGACAUGAUUGCGGGGCAUCGCUUCCAUACGAGAUGAUCAUAGAGAUUCUGCAGUGGCUUCCUGUCAAAUCCGUCUUCCGCUUCAGAGCAGUUUGCCGCUCCUGGGCUGCGCUGCUCUCCUCCGAUGAAUUCCGCCGCCUCCACAUGUCAGUAGCCAAGGACGCAAGGCGGCCUGCACCACCAGCCAAGCUGCUAUACAUCUCACCGACCGCCACAUUCGACUCCACGGCGGUCUACUCGUGCCCCUUCUCGCCAUCAUCAUCAUCGGGGCGCCCAAGAGAUCGUGGGGACCUACUGUUCACCAUCGACGGUGCCCGUGGCAACUGUGUGGAAGUAGCGACGCCGGCACCAUGCCGUGGCCUCACCCUCCUCUAUGACGCUCUCGGUGGAGCUUUCUACAUCUGCAACGCGGCAACACGAGCUGCUACGCGUCUGCCAGCUUCCACUGAGGAACGAGCAGCCAGGUCCACUGCUGGGCUGGGGUUUGAUGCCCACACAGAUGAGUACAAAGUGGUGAGGUUGAUCAAUAGGUUGUGUCAUCAGAAGGACAUGGUGAGGUGUGAGAUUUACACACCUGGAGGCCGCUUUGGGGAUCGCUGGAGGCCGCCUGCGGGAGGAGUACCCUUGAGCUUGCAUCAGUUUGUAUAUGCCGCUGUUACAAAUGCGGAAUUGAACAAAUUACCUCCUGUGUUUGCCAAGGGUUGCCUGCACUGGUUGAUGAGACCUGCCUCUUUCACCACGACUCCAAGUGUUGCUGUCGUGUCCUUCUCGGUCACAGAGGAGACCUUCACAUGUCUCCGGUCACCGCCCUUCUCGGUACCAGGAGCGCCGCCGAUCAGGUAUGGGUUGUCAGAAGAGCAACUAGUGGAGAUGGAUGACCAACUAUGUUUGGUCCGAGAUACUCGCAACACAAUGCUUUAUGCUAAUGUUUUGGAGAUCUGGAAACUGCCGGACUAUAGCUCUGGUGACUGGUUACUGAGUCACCGGAUCAAUUUGUCGAGCCACCUGGCAAGAGAUUUACGCGAAUCACAAAUUCUGAGAGUUAUUGGAUGUUUUGGCAUCAAUUCCAGCUCGCCAAGGAAGAAGAUAGUCAUCACUACUAGCAAGCACAAGAUUUUCGACAAGUAUCAGAAAAUGGUUCACACGUAUGACCCUAGGUCUGAAGCUCUAGAAACCAUUCUUUCAAUCACGGAGACACACUCAACUCCAUAUUAUGGGCCCCCUAGUUCAAGGUUUAGUUUCAUUCAAGAGACCCUUGCUCCUGUGCAUAAAACAGAUGAAGAGAUAGCCUUAUCAUCUGACCUGGCUAAGGUGAUUAGAGAGAUCCUACUCCGCCUCCCAGCUAAAGCAGUGGUACACUCCAAAUUUGUCUGCAAGCAGUGGUUCAGAUUGAUUGAGAGUGAAAACUUCAUUCAGUCAUACUUUCAGCAUAAGAACAUGGACAAAAGACCUAAGGUCAUGCUUCUGGUCAAGGGCACUGGACAGUUGGUCUUCAGUUUUUCUCCCUUGAAUAAAUGCAUCCAAGAAGCUCCUAGUAACAGUACACUACUUGACACAAAGGUGGUUUGCUCCAAGCCUUGCCAUGGGCUGAACUUGGUAAGUACCGAGACGAGGGACUAUCUCUGCAACCCAUGUACAGGUUUCCACAGGGGCUACUCACUGGGGCCAAGUUUGCUGCAGAGUAAAGCAGAAGAACAUGCUUUCACAGUCGGCAAUAAGAAUGUUGGCUUGACUUUCGACCCUUUGACUCAUCAACAUGUUAUGGUGGCAAUCUUCUAUCGCCAGAAGGACUUCAAAUCUCGUCAAUAUGACCUGACAUGCACGUUACGCUGGUGUAACUCUCGGGAUCGUCCCCAACGGAGCUCGGUACCACCUCUGCCUGUGAAUGACAUGCCACCAGCAUAUGUUGAAGGAAUGCUGUACUGGAUGAGUGAACCAAGGUUGGGACGGAGCUGUGAAUGGACCAUUGUCUCUUUCAACCUUGCUACAAGAAUUUUUGAUGUUGUCCCUUGCCCUUCAUGGUUUGCAAGAUGGAAUAGCAGAAACCGUUGCCGUGCAUUUGUUGUUGAGCUUGAGGGAGUAUUAUGUGCUGUUCUAGCAGAUCCAGUGGCAGAAAAAUUAGAUGUAUGGAAGCUAGAGCGUGGCCAAUGGGGUAGAGCAUUCACAAUUCACCUGGAAGCGUAUCCUGACUAUUCCCUUAAGACAAGUGUUGUGGUGCCAUUAGCUGUUGAUCGCGAUUAUGGGAGGAUCCUGCUCAACACUGGAAGGAAAAUAGGACUGUACGAUCCAGUAGAGCAAGCAAUUCAAAAUUUGUAUUCACUUGAUCAGGUGCCGGUUGUCAGAAGUUGUAGUAGUCCACACCAUAAGUUUCUUGAUAUGCCUUCAACUUCAGCAGCGAAUAGUUUGACAUGCUCCAAAGAAGACUCAGCGGCGGAGAUGAAUAGAAUGGACUCUAAGAUGAUUCCUUGUGUUCCAAUGUUAUAUGAGGAGAGCUUGGCAUGUUACACCCGUGUGGCCAAGAAACAAUUGUUGUGGUGAUGCAUUUUAAAGGCACCGACCUUCUUUAUAUGAAAUGUCUAUUUGUGAUAUCUUGCCUGCAUGUUUGCGAACUGAAACACCAAGCUUUGAUAAUGUAAUAGUAUUAACCAUUUUUUUA